UCUUUAUAAAUAAAAAGUGGAAAAUUCAUUUUUCAUUCAGUAUAAUUUUGUUAUUACUGAGACAAAAUGAAACAAUUUCUCAUUUUUGCUGUUUUACUAAGUCUUGGGCUCUGCUCGAAUAUGCCACAUGACUAUAACGAUUGUCCAGAUCCAACAAAAGCUGCUACUAUGGUAUUCGAAAAACAAGUACAAAGGGCAGGAAGAUGGUUUAGUAUCAUUGAAGACACAAUUUCUUUCCCUGAAGUUGGAGUUAAUAAAGAUCCCAUCACCUGUAUUAUGGUGAAAGACUUGGCAAAAGAUGGAAAAGGAGGAUAUGCCACAGUUGACGGAAAUGUUGGUGGGUACAACCUCAAAAUAAAAUUACGUUCCCAAGUUGGACAAGGUUUACACUUCAGUGUAGCUGUGUACACUUAACUCAAUUGAAAAUUUAUAAUAUAUUUCAAUUCAUAACAAGUGUACC